AAUAUUCGCAUAUUCAAUAUAAGUAAAAGUAUUCGCAAACCAGCCAGUAAAUAUAUUUAUUAUAAGUAAAAAUAUUCGUAAAACAGUCAGUAUAUUCAAUAUACGCAAACCAUAAACCUUCAAGUAAUACAGUCAGUAUUCACAAUAUAUUCACUAUACACCUUUAAUUAAUAAAACUAAAAAUGCCAGUUCAAAUUCAAAAUAAAUCUGAACUCGAUCAAUACAUUAAUAGUGGAAGUUUGGUCGUGGUUGAUUUUUGGGCAGAUUGGUGCAGUCCUUGUAAAACAAUGGCUCCUGUAUUCGAUAAACUCUCAAAGGAAUUUCAAAAUGUGCAUUUCCUUAAAAUAAAUACUGAUGAACAAUCUGAAUUAUCAGAAGAAUAUCAAAUUACUUCUUUACCAAGUUUCUAUUUCUUUAAAGGCGGUAAAAGAUUAUUAGAAGCUGAUAUUAUUGGUUCUAAUAAAUCAAAAUUAGAAGAGAAUGUUAAAAAAUUUCAAUAAUGAUGAUUACUUUUGAUUAUUUCGGAUUAUUUCGUAAAAAUAAAUUACAUAAUCCUUUC